AUGGCGAUUCCGUUAAAAUAUCUUGCCGCUGCUCAAGUGGUGCGUUAUCACGGGGCAACUCUUGCCGAAUUUCCUGCGAAUACGCAUCAAGCUCUAGGGGUCCAGUGGCUGAGAGUUCGAAUGCAUCCAAAUGGUAAAGAUUUUAUCGUAGACCACUACACCCUUUCUCCUAAUAAAGUUAUAUCCAUUGCGGCCACAUUUGGUCACGCCGCUAUGGUACCUCUGGCUCGAAAACUUGGUUCCACUCAUAUCCAAGAGGCUAUGAAUAUGGCUGCUUAUGGAGGCCACGAGCACGUCGUGCGAUUGUGUUACAACUACGGCGACAUGUUCGAUCCUGACGAAGUCAUGGAAAGGGCCGCAGAGGGUGGUCAUGAACACGUCGCGCACCUGUGCCGCAAACUGGGAGCUACCGAUCUCAACCGAGCAAUCCUCUGGCCGCAAGUGGUGGUUUCGAGAACGUCAUGCGUCUUUGUCGCGAUUGGGGUCACCAAGUUCGAUAUGCCCAUGGCUUGGGCCACGGACACCGGGCACGAACACAUCGCACGUCUCUGUCAUGAAUGGGGCGCCACCAACUUCCACAUGUCUAUGAGAUGGGCCGCAAGUGGUGGUCACGAAUCCAUAGCGCGUCUGUGUCGUGAUUGGGGGCCACCUACUUCGACGAGGCUAUGGCCUGGGCCGCAGAGGGGUCACGAGAAUCUUGUGCGUUUAUGUCACGAAUGGGGUGCCACAGGCGUUGACAACGCUAUGAUAUGUGCCGCGGACAAGGGUCAUGAAUCCAUCGUGCGGCUUUGUCGUGAAUUGGGCGCUGUCGAUAUUGACGCUACCAUGGCGCAAGCUGCCGGGAAAGGCUACGUAGACAUCGUAAUUCUAUGCCUUGAAUGGGGUGCCUCCGACCUUAAAUGGGCCAUAGCAUGUGCCAGGAAUGAAGGCUACGAAGACAUUGUACGCUUAUGUCGUCGAUGGUCAUCUAUCUAA